AUGCUGAUAGUAUUGUUAGACAUAAUAUUUCGAGCUGGUCUCAUAAAAAAUAUUUCAGAAAAUGAUGAUGUUAAAAGGAAGAUAUUAAAAGUUCAAUCUACAAGAGAUAUCAUUAAUGAAGGAUUAAAUAUGGAAGAUAAAAUUAGAGUUAAUAAUGAUGAAGUUAUUAAUAUUAAUAUGAACAAUCAAAAAGAAAAAAUUCAAAGUUCACCAACUUCAAAGUUUUUAAGAAAACGAGAUCAAACUACUACUUCCAAGAACGAGCUCACAAUUAAAAAUAAAAAGAAAGCUAUAAUUAAAUCGUCGACGAUUUCUAAACCAAAGACCGCAAUUCCAACAAGAUCUUCAGAAAGAACUUCUUCAAUUUCACCAGUUCCUACAGCUACAUUGUCCAACACUUCAGUAAAACCCGAUUUAUGUCCUAUAAAUUGCGGUGAACCUGAAUGUUACUGUAAUUUUAAUCCUCAAACACCUUAUUGUUUUGUAAAUGCUUCGGGUUUCACGUGCGAUACCACAUUAACCGAAGAAUGGAGAAUAGAUCUUAACACAGGACUCACUUUUAACAAUGAAAUUCUCAAAGAUCUUUUCGAAGUUUGUAAUACAUUUAUUCCACCCACUAACGAAACUGAUCGUAAAACUUUAAUAAAAUUAUUAGCAAUUAGCAACUUUGGUUAUAAAAAUAAUGUAAAUGGUAUUUGGACUAAUCCAUUUGAUUUUUUGGGAGAUUGUAGAGAAAAAUUUUAUUGUGAUACAGGAUCGAAUUCUCAAAAGAAUCAAGGAAUAUGUAAAAUUAAAUUUAAUUCAGGUGAAGCGUGCUUAAGUGCUAAUCAAUGCAAUACUCAACGAUGCGUGAAUCAAUCUGAUAUUAAUUCAUCAGUUAUUAUUAAAAAAGUUGUAGAGGGAACAAAUGUUACGUCAGACUUUGUGUGUGCACGUCUUACUGAUGAUACCACUUUACCAAUAGAACUUAAUGAUAAAUCAAAAAAUUUGUCUAAAUUAACAAUUAUAAUAAUAAGUGUUGGAAUUAGAAAAAAACAACGACAACAAUUGUCUUUCUUCAGAACUUUCUUAAAAAGAUUAAAAUUUCCAAUUAGUAAUAAUCCAAACAAAGCCAAGUUUAAUAGAAAUAUUAAGGCAUCUAAUUCUCGUUUUGUGGCUAAACAUUUAUCACCAUUAAGAGAAAAUUUUGAAGAUAAUUUGAAUAAUACAAGAUUCACUAUUCGACCUCAUUCAACGGAUAGUGGAAAAAUGAAAUUUUCUGUAGUUCCAGAUAGCUUAAGAAAUGAUGAGGAAAAUAAUUCUGAUCGAAUAUCAAUUUUACUUCCAACACCUCCUUCAUUACAUAUUAGAGAUUCUUUUAAUUCCAGAUCUAAAAGAUUUACUUAUGACUUAUAUAGUACUGAUUAUACGAAUGAUAAUAUUCCACAACAAUUAUUUAGUUUAAGAAAACCAGGAAUAAUAGAGAACGAAGAAUAUCAGAUGAGUGAAUCAGAAAUGGAAGGUUAUGAACGGGAAGAAGAAUUAAAAAUUAUUAGAUUACAUGAAGAACAAUUAAAAGAGUUAGAAAAAUUAUCAAACAGAUUAAAAGGUUUUUCUUAG